AUGGAGCCGAUACUUUUAGUCGGGUACCGAGUACGAAGGGGUCGAGUAAACGCUACUAUAUAUAAGCAGUCUCCCCCGCGGCUCAUCACUCUUAUUCCUAUCGUCACAUAUAUCUUUAUGGCUUCUUCCGGCGAACCUGAACAGAAUAAGAUGGUCACCGGCUAUCCUGCCUUCACCAGCCAUGUUGCCACCGGCUACCCAGCCGCCGCCACUACCACCACCAGUAAUGCCUAUGCAUUCCGCACGCGAGUACCAAUCUCCUCCGUCUACGGCCCUUUGGAACCCACCUCGUAUAGCCAUCCCGUUACGUCCACCCUUCGCCACCGUGUUUUCUUUUUCUUCAUCAUCACCCUCUUAAUUAUGGCCUUUCUCUUCCUCACUACCUACCUCGUCUUCAAACCUCGGCUCCCUGUGUUCCGUGUCGACUCGGCCACCGUUUCGCAGCUCAAUUUAACUCAAUCUGAGAUAACGGCCACUUGGCUCUUUACUCUCUUCGUGAACAACCUCAACCAAAAGGUAGGUAUUCACUACGACCGUCUCCAGGCAUCCGUUUUCUACGGGGACGAGUUGGGAAUCGCCAUGAAUCAGUUGGCCCCUUUUUUUCAAAACGGGAACAAUGCGACAACGAUUAAAUUCCAACUCAAUGUGGUACGCGAGUACGUGGGUGAGGAUGUAGUGCAGGAGAUUUCGAAUGAGAUGAAUCGGGGCUCGGUGGAUUUUGUGCUUAGAAUUUUUGCUUGGGUCCGGUUUAGGUCCGGUUUCUGGAGAAUGAGAGAGCAUAUGUUGCGGGUCGAUUGCAAUCCGGUUCGAAUUGGGUUUUUGGGGAUUAAUGGGACCGGGAAUUUCAUGGGCCAAUCGAAGAAUUGCGAGGAGAAUUCUUGCCAUUUUCCUUGCGCACGUAGUAAUGGAAAUGCAUUGGUAGCUUUCUACAGCUAA